AUGUUCUCCUCAAUCAUGGCCCUUGGAGCAUUGCUCUUGACGCUAAGCAUGACUGUUGUUGCGUCUCCUGUCCAACUAUCUCGCCGAGUGAAGUUUAAUCUAGAUUCGGCACCACCGAACGACAAAGCUAAGUCUCGGUCAGAAAUCUCCUCUGAGCUGCUGAGCAACUUCACUUUGUUCGCUCAAUUUGCUGCCUUGUCAGCUUGCGAUCAGAAUAUCAACGCCACUGGAAAUAAAUUAACCUGCGAUUACGACGGUUGUGGACUUGUGGAAGAUGAUGAUACCGAGACCAUCUUCACUUUUCACAAUGCAACCGGUCCAACAGGGUAUAUCGCCUUGAACCACACCCGGAAAUUGACCGUUUUGACUUUCCGCGGAACAGUAUCCAAAUACGACGGAGAGACGGAUUUCAAGUAUCAAUUCACUGCCAUUGAAGAUGUCUGUCCCGGGUGCAACGCCCACGAAGGAUUUUGGGGCUACUGGUCCAGUGCGGCAGACGUCAUUAUCUCUGAGCUGCGCAGCGCUACUACAUCGCACCCGGACUAUAGCUUGACUGUAGUUGGGCACAGUUUGGGCGGUGCUGUUGCUACCCUUGCGGGCACAAUUCUCCGUACAAAGGGAUUCUCUUUGGAUAUCUGGACAUUCGGAAGCCCAAAAGUAGGAAACUACAAGCUGGCUGAGUUCAUCACCAAUCAACGAGCGCCCGUCAGCGUUUACCGUGCCACCCAUUACACGGACGUUGUGCCGAAACUGCCGCUUACGCUUACUUUGUUGGGAUUCGAUUACAGUCAUCCUUCUCCUGAAUAUUGGAUUGAUCAACCAACUGGAGAAAAGGUCACCACUGAUGUCGUGAAAUUCAUUGAAGGAAUUAACAGUCUGGCGGGAAAUGCUGGUCAACAUGUUUGGAUCCAGUGGCCUGACCCAAAUCAUGGAUGGUACUUUGGGAACAUGAGUGUGUGUCCUACACCUGCUGAUUCGCCUCCGCCUGAGGAUUCUUAG